CCCCCCGAGCUGCUCUGACUGCCGGAGCUGGACGACAGUUAGUCAGUCAGCCGUCUGCUGUGAGGUUGGUUGGACGCUCAAACAACAAGCUCGAGUUGACAUGUGAAAACUGUUCACUGGGACACGCUCGAAUUUCUUUCAGAGAUGCCCCGACUGACCUUGGUGGCACUUGUGGUGCUGCUCUUCUAUUCACCCUUGGUCAAUGCAGGGAAAGUCUUGGUGUACCCUUUGGAUGGAAGCCAUUGGAUCAACAUGAAAGUCCUCAUCGAGGAGCUUCACUCCAGAGGCCAUGAAAUCACAGUGUUGCGGCCAUCAGACAGCUGGUACAUCAAGCCAGAGUCCCCUCACUACCAGUCCAUCACUGUAAAUUCCACUGCUGGUUUUGAUGAGGAAAGCUUUGGGUCAUUUGUAACCACAAUGGUGAACAUGCGGCGGGAAGGUGCUUCCCUUUGGACUCGUAUAUCUCUGGAGUAUGAACUGGUGGAAAUGUUUUAUCAGAUGAAUAAGCAGGUGAUUGAGAUGGUAGGGGAAAUGUUUGAGAAUACUAAAUUGAUGCAGAGCCUCCGCAAUGCCAAAUAUGAUUUGGUACUAACAGACCCUGCAAUUGGUGCAGGGGUGCUUCUGGGUCAUCGUUUGGGUCUUCCACUUGUCUUCAAUGUGAGGUGGACUAUUCAGGGUGAGGGGCAUCACGCAAUUGCACCUACCCCAUUUUCCUUUAUUCCAAUUCCAGGGACAGAGCUGACAGACAAGAUGACGUUUCCCCAGCGGGUGAAGAACAUUCUUUACUACUUCUUCACUCGUUUUCAAAUUUGGUACGUAACAGACCCAAACUACAAACCAUUUGUCCAUCGUUACUUCGGAAAUGAUGUACAUUAUAUGGAGCUGUUCCAGUCAGCAGACAUCUGGCUGAUGAGGAAUGAUUUUACCUUUGAGUUUCCACGACCCACAAUGCCAAACAUCGUCUAUAUGUCAGGAUUUCAGUGCAAACCCUCAAAGCCCCUCUCUAAAGAACUAGAGGACUUUGUCCAGAGUUCUGGUGAACACGGUAUCAUUGUGAUGACAUUGGGAACCCUGGUGGCAAAACUUCCUGAGGACAUUGCUGAAGACAUUGCCGCUGCUUUUGCCCAACUUCCUCAGAAGGUGAUCUGGAGGUACAAAGGAAAAAGACCACCCACCCUUGGCAACAACACCUUACUCUUGGACUGGCUGCCUCAAAAUGACCUCCUGGGUCACCCCAAGACCAGACUGUUUGUGGCUCAUGGAGGCACCAAUGGAAUACAGGAGGCCAUCUACCAUGGUGUCCCCCUUGUCGGCCUACCCUUAAUGUUUGACCAGCAGGACAACUUCUUCAGGAUGAAAGCAAGAGGUGUGGCCAAAGUCCUGGACAUCGCAACUGUGAACAAAGACAACUUCCUGGAGGCACUGAAGGAGGUACUCUAUGAACCAUCCUACAGAGAGAUAAUGACAACCCUGUCCAAUCUGCACAGAGAUCAGCCCAUGAAACCACUGGACCGUGCCAUGUUUUGGAUCGAGUUUGUCAUGAGGCACAAAGGAGCAAAGCAUUUAAGGACAGAGUCUUACAAGAUGUCGAUGAUCCAGUACCACUCGAUUGAUGUAGUGGCAUUUUUGCUGGCAGUUAUUUUGUUAGUCUUUACUGUUUUCAUUUCUACAGUAAAGUUUUUGUGGAGGAGAGUGUUUUCAAGAAGCAAAGUCAAAAGCGAAUGAGGAAUUUGGAUCCUGAUUUCUUGUAAAGACAAUAACAAUAACAUUCAAAAACUGUUCUGUAUUUAGAGUCCUUGUCAGCAUACAAAUAAUCUUACUCUGGUAUCCUAACUUGCCUGAGUGUGAGUAACUGAAUGCACCCACAAACCUCAUACUGUCCAAUGACUUCAGCCAGAGAGGUCAUGUUUCUGUUCUGUUCAUUUGUUUGUGUUUGUUAGUUGUCAGAACAUAUAAAAUCGACAAAUAGUUUACAAAACAACUUGAUGAAAAGAUAGAACUUGAGUCAUAUGGUCAGUUAUUAAUCCAUAUUCAGGAAUAUUUUGAUCAAUUUCUUGCAGUUUUUUAAAGAUUUUUCUUAUUCUCAUGAACUACUGUGCUUGUUUGAAAGAAAUUAAAUAAGAUUCAUUCUUUAUUAAAAACAUUUUAAAAAUGACACAUGUAGCUAUAUUGUGAUUGUCUAUAACAAGGGCUGGAAGAUGUUUGAAUAUUGCUUAUGACUUUUAUUGAUGAUAUGAUGUUGUCAUGUUAUUAUUCCACAAAUGUAUAUUGUCCAAAUAAUGAGCAAGCUGUAAAUAAAAGCUAGUGAAAAGAU